AUGGCAGCAUCUUUGGUGGGUUUGAGAUUCCACCCCACUGACCAAGAAUUGACUUAUAUACUUGGCUAUAUGAUCAGCCACAAUCCAUCCUUAUACGAACGUUUUGUGACCAUAGAUGAUCUUUAUGGAGACAUGGAGCCAUGGGAGAUAUUUGGGAAUAGCGAAGAGAAGUGCCGUUACUUCUUCACGGAGCUGAAGAAGAAGACGGCCAAGGGGAAACGAUUUGCUCGCACGGUUGGGAAGGGGAAGGGUUCGUGGAAAGGUCAAGACAAAGGCAAACCCAUUCAAAACCGUGAAGGAAAAGUUAUUGGAUACAAGAGAAGUUUAAGGUACGAGAAUCUAGGAUCUACCCAACAUGGUCGAUGGCUCAUGAAAGAAUACAGUCUCUCUUCUCCUCAGGAUUAUGUACUAUGCAGGAUUAAAAGGCUGGAUCACACACCAACUGUGGCACCUGUUUGCCAAAACCAGCAGAACGAGGAUGAACAUAUCAACAGCAGCAGGCAAAAAAGGCCUCGGUUAGAUGGCUGUGAGCAUAUAGAAAACCUGAUAACUGGUUUGGUACCAAUUUAUGGGGAGGUAGCAGACACCCUUGAUAGCAAUCUUUGUUUUGAUCCUGAAGACCUGAUGUUUGAGAUUGACAAUGUGGAUGGUUUCCCUGAGGACCUGAUGCUUCACAACUUGGAAUCUGCAACCAUCCCUCUUGGAACAUCGCCAUUGCCUAUCAGUUUGGAAGCUGAAUCAUCCAUCCACAACCAGUACAGACAUAUUCUUCUAGGCAAUGGGUGUUGCGGCAUGGAGGAUUGGAGAAGCAGUUUGCCUGAAGACCCCGUGAUUGACUUGGGCAAUGUAUGUUGUGGCAUGGAGGAUUGGAGAAGCGGUUUGCCUGAAGACCCCGUGAUUGACAUUGCAGAAUCUAGGACCAUGAGUUCUGGACCGGAAUCUACGAUAUACCACCACACACAGUUUCUUGGGGGCACUGCAGGUACAAACAUGGAGGAACGGAUACCCGGACUGCCUGAAAACCUGAGGAAUAUGGACAAUGUGGCAUAUAGAACCAUGCCUCUUGGAACACUUCCAUCCGACAAAGAGACACAGAUUUUUCAAAGCAUUUUGUGUUCUAAUAUGGAGGAGUCAUCGAUAUACGACAAAGGGAUACAUAUUCUUCAAAGCGAUCUGUGCUUUGACAUGGAGGAAUGGAGAAGGGGUUUGCCUGAAGACUUGAUGAGUGAUAAUUUGGAAUCCAGAAACAUAGCUCUUGGAACAUUGCCGUUGACACUCAAUCUCGGAGUGGAGUCAUGA